GAGAGAGCAACAGUGACAAUAACAUCCAUUGUUCUUCCUCGCUUUCUGCGUCAAAAUACAGACCCAAAUGGCAUCGAUUACCACCGUCUCAGCACCUCCUUUACUACAACUAGAUUUUUCAAUGAAGAGAAACCGCUCCUCCAAGCGUCCUUUAACUCGAUUGAAAGCCUCAGUCUCAGAAACGACGUCGCUGUCAGUGGAAGAGACCCCCACCCUUCCUCUGCGUAAGAUCCCCGGAGAUUACGGCAUCCCCAUCGUAGGACCCAUAAAAGACCGUCUCGACUAUUUCUACAACCAAGGCCGCGAUAUCUUCUUCCAAACGCGCAUCCAAAAGUACCAAUCCACCGUCUUCCGCGCCAACAUGCCCCCUGGCCCCUUCAUCUCCUCCAACCCAAACGUCGUCGUUUUGCUCGACGCUAAAUCCUUCCCCGUCCUCUUCGACGUCACUAAAGUGGAGAAGCGCGACGUCUUCACUGGGACCUUCAUGCCCUCCACCGAUCUCACCGGCGGUUACCGAAUCCUCUCCUACCUCGACCCCUCCGAACCCAAACACGAACCACUCAAGCGCCUCAUGUUCUCCCUCCUCAAGUCUCGCACCCGCCACGUCAUCCCAGAGUUCCGUUCAACCUAUACGACCCUCUUCGACACGCUGGAGAAGCGACUUGCCGCAAAUGGAAAAGCUAGCUUCGCAGAAGCUAACGAUCAAGCAGCGUUUAACUUCCUCGGUCGCGCCCUUUAUGGGAGCAACCCCACUGACACCAACUUGGGACGUGACGGUCCAAGCAUUGUUCAGAAAUGGGUGCUGUUCCAGCUAAGCCCAAUUCUGGUAUUGGGCCUGCCCAAACUCAUCGAGGAUCCAAUUUUCCACACCUUCCGUCUCCCUCCUUUUCUCAUUAAAAAAGAUUACCAGAGACUCUACGAUUUCUUCUACGAGUCAUCGGGUUCUGUUUUAGACGAAGCGGUGCGUCUUGGCCUCUCCAAAGAAGAAGCGUGCCACAAUUUGUUAUUCGCCACGUGCUUCAAUUCGUUCGGGGGCAUCAAGAUUUUUUUCCCCACCGUGUUGAAAUGGAUAGCACGAGCGGGCGUUAAACUUCAUGCCCGGUUAGCGGAGGAAGUGAGGUCCGCCGUCAAAUCUAACGGAAGUGAGGUCUCGAUGGCGGCGAUGGAAGCCAUGCCGUUAAUGAAAUCGGUGGUUUACGAGGCGUUUCGAAUCGAACCGCCGGUGCCGUUGCAGUACGGGAAGGCGAAGAAGGACUUAGUGGUUGAGAGCCACGAGAACGCGUUUUUGGUGAAGGAAGGGGAGAUGCUUUUUGGGUUUCAACCGUUUGCGACGAAGGAUCCGAAGAUAUUCGAGAGAGGGGAUGAGUUUGUGGCUGAUAGGUUCGUCGGUGAAGGAGAGAAGAUGUUGAAGCACGUGCUUUGGUCGAACGGUCCUGAGACGGAGGAACCCAGCGUUUGUAACAAGCAAUGUGCUGGGAAGGAUUUUGUGAUGUUGUUUUCUAGGCUUCUGGUUGUGGAGUUGUUUCUUCGUUAUGAUUCUUUUGAUAUUCAAGUGGAAAGGUCACCCUUGGGUUCUGCCGUUACCUUCACCUCUCUCAAGAGAGCAAGCUUUUAGAUAUUUUGUGCAUGUUUCUUCUUCCUUUUGGCUUUUUGUUGGGAAUGGUAUUCAACAUUUUUAUGGUUACUUUCACCUCUUUGAAUCUUUGAAAGAGAGCGUGCCUUCAAAUAUUUUUAUCGACUUCGCGCAUGUGGUUUUUUCUUUUGGGUUUUCCUUGUGUACGAGUCAUACCAUGCAGAUGAUUCGAUUAAAUUAUAGUAUCUUUUAGUACAUUCUUGUAUGGAUAUUAUUAAUUAAGACUGAGCGCUGAACAAAGCAUGUUUGCUCUGCACUGCAUUAACCCAUUUGGCAUAUACGGUCUCCCUUCUCAACGUCAUUUAUUAUAUAUUUUAU